AUGUCGCCCAACAUGUCAGUACUUGUGCUCAUUAUGAUCUUUGCCGUUGCUCAAGCAACGUUCUCUCUUAGCCCCCCCCCCUCCCUCCCCCACACAAUCUCUUUUUCUUCUCAUUCCCAUUGUUCAAGACUCUUGAAAACAACAAAAUGA